GCAUUCUUCAACCACUACCUCCGUAUCCCUAGAUUGGGAGAGAAAGAGGUCUAGAUCUAUUAUAGGCAGGUCCAUCGAGGCGGGACAGCAAAGAAGGUAUUUGUUUGGAUCCAGGAGAGUGUUCCAGUGUGUUCCACGCGAAGCUAGUGGCUGUGUCAACUUGGAUAACAAGGCCAAUUCCAGGAUCGACUCUCCGACCGACCACCACUACUCUGACUCACGCUACUACCUACAUCCACGCCGCCCUACCACGAUGAUCAAGAUAUGGAGUAUGAAGAAGAACGAGGAUGCAGCGGCCAAGAAAAAGCCUAAGGUCAGCGCUGCCCAAAUACGAGUGCAGAAAGACUUGACAGAGCUCGACCUUCCCGCUACCAUGCAAACAAAUUUCCCUGAUCCCGCUGAUCUCCUCAAUUUCAUACUCACCAUUACCCCAGACGAAGGCAUGUACAAGGGUGGCGCUUUUGUAUUCUCCUUCGCCAUCAACUCUAAUUAUCCUCACGAUCCACCAAAAGUGAAGUGUACUCAGACGAUAUACCACCCUAACGUUGAUCUCGAGGGCAAUGUCUGUCUCAACAUUCUUCGAGAGGAUUGGAAGCCGGUUCUUAACCUGAACUCGGUUAUGGUUGGUCUGCAGUAUCUUUUUUUGGAGCCGAACGCAGAUGAUCCUCUGAACAAGGAGGCUGCGGUAGAGAUGAGUAAAGCCCGAGACCAAUUUUUGAGCAAUGUCAAGUCAUCGAUGCGUGGUGCCAACAUCAAGGGCGUACAAUAUGCCAACGUACUUGUGCGAUAAUUGCUAAUUAUCCCCAUCAUGUAUCACUUCAGUUCCUUUCUCACCUGUCUGUCACUCGCGUGUUUCUGCACAUCUUAGUACAUACAUCUACUCCAGUCAUUCCGCAUCAUUUUUCUGUGUUACCUUUGCAUUUCCUAGGUGUGAUCAUUAGACACAAGGGCGUAGAUAUCUUUUCCGACCUUUUGGAACUGAUUCAUUGUGGCUAGCCUAGUAAUACAGUACAUUUAUUCAUGAAUCGACAUUGGGCUCAGCACGCUCAGCUGCCGCGGUAUGUUGUAAAGGAGUAAGGGCUAAUG